CUUUUCCUUUUCUUCAUUUCUAUCUCUUUAUUAUAUAUAAAUUACAUAGAAUUAUAUUUAUAAAUACUAUAUGUCAUGCAGUAUGAACGAAAAAAAUAUAUUAUUGAAAGAUUGGACUAUUAUUACAAAGUAAUAAAUACUACUAUUCUCUCGAAACAAAAUGCUGCUAGUGGAUUGAUUCCAGCUUCUGUUGCUAUCACGAGUCAUGGUGAUUAUACUGAUGCUUGGGUUCGUGACAAUGUAUAUUCCAUUUAUGCUGUGUAUGGUCUUGCUCUUGCUUAUCGACGGUUAGACGAUGAUAGUGGAAGAACUUUUGAAUUAGAACAUGCAGUCAUCAAAUUGAUGCGUGGAUUAUUAUUUGCCAUGAUGAGACAAGCUACAAAGGUGGAAAAAUUCAAAAAAUCUCAACAUAUUCUGGAUGCUCUUCAUGCAAAAUAUAAAACUGAAACGGGUGCUACUGUAGUUGGCGAUACUGAUUGGGGUCAUUUACAAAUUGAUGCUACUAGUUUAUUCUUAGUUGCUUUGGCUGAUAUGACUACAAGUGGUUUACAUAUUGUUUAUACUCAAGAUGAAGUAGAUUUUGUUCAAAAUUUGGUGUUUUAUAUUGAACGUGCCUAUCGUACACCUGAUUUUGGUAUUUGGGAGCGUGGUGAUAAGACAAACAAUGGUCAACCAGAAUUGAAUUCUUCCUCUAUUGGUAUGGCUGUGGCUGCUUUGAAAGCUAUCAAUGGUGUCAAUCUAUUUGGUACUCGAGGUGGUCCUGCAUCUGUGAUCUACGUUCUUCCUGAUGAAUUGACUCGGAAUGCAACAACCUUGAAUAGUUUCUUACCUCGUGAAUCCAACUCGAAAGAAAUCGAUGGUUCUGUAUUAUCAGUCAUUGGAUUUCCUGCUUUUGCUGUAGAUGAUCCUGCUCUCAUUGAACGCACCCGUCGUGAAGCCAAGGAAAAACUAGAAGGAAAAUAUGGUUGGAAACGCUUCUUACGUGAUGGACAUCAAACUUCUGUCGAAGAUACAACCCGACUUCAUUACAAUAAUAGUGAACUCAAGAUCUUUGAAAAUAUCGAAUCAGAGUGGCCAUUAUUUUUUACCUAUCUUGUGCUAGAAGGUCUUUUUACUGGUGAUGAUGAUCAAGUGGAAGAAUACCGUGACAAACUCAAACAUGUAGUAAUCGAUUCAAGUGAUUGGGAUCCUGAGAAUCCAAAGGCGCCUACCUACAAUGUUGAUGACAAUGGUCCUACUUCUCGACAACAUGACAGCAAUACAUUACAUUUACCCUUGGUGCCUGAAUUGUAUUAUGUUCCUUGUGACAAGAUUGAAGCAGAACGUGCUCAUCCAAAUUCUCAAGAACGUAUCCCUAAUGACAAUACUCCCUUGGUAUGGGCUCUUUCUCUUUAUAUUCUUGGAAAUUUGAUUUAUGAAAAUCUUCUAUCUCCAUCGGAAAUGGAUCCUUUGGGUCGUCGAUAUAAUGUACAAGGUCAAACUCGUGAUACCAUGACUCAAAUUGUUCUUUUGGCUGAAGAUGAAGAAUUACAAAGUGCUCUUGCUACUUAUGGUUUGGAAACUCAAACAAUCAGUCAAAUCUCUCAACGGUUCACCAUCCUUCCUCCUCGUGCUUUAGCUGAUGUUUAUCAUUCCUUAGGUCAUAAUACAAAACUAGGUUUGACUGGUCGUCCAAAAAGACCUGUUGGUGUAUUGGGAACUUCUAGAUUGUAUCGUAUGGAAGGUCAUAUUUAUGCCUUUACACCUUAUUUUAUGGAUAAUGAAGCCUUCUAUCUCAAUGCGGAUCCUGAUUUAUUGGUGUCUACUUUUGAAAGUGAAUUGGCUUUCGCUCGCGACAAUUGGGCUUUUCCGGGACGUCCUACUCUUACAGUGGUGUUGACUAAGGAUAUGAUUAUGGGUAAUCUCAAUACAAGUGUUGCCUUCCCUACCGAUGCUUCUCGCAAGAAUCUUCUCAACUUUUUUAUGAACCUUCGAUCUGGUGUAUGUAACAACGGUGUCCGUGUUCGUCUUUGUAGACUUGCAGAAACUCUCAAUACAAGUAACAUUGCGUCACUUGAUUUCUUGUUGGAAAAGGCAAUGGAUGAUUGGCAAAAUAUUCUGACGGAUCAUCAAAUGGAGAAGGGUUCCUGUCGUCGUUUAGGAUUCAAUGAAAAUCAAACACAAGCAAGUACUCCUGGUGCUCCUGGUACACCCAAACGAAGAAGUAAUUCUUUCCAUGGCAAGGUUUUGGGUACUCCUUUGGACAAAUUACAUGAUGAAGGUUAUUUCCAGGAUAUUGCAGCUGUUUUGGAAAAUAUGGACAAGAAUCAACAAGUUUUUAGACUGAAGGAUCAUGAAGCUGGAAGUCCAAAGAUCACCUCUGAACAACCGGCAGUAGUGAUGACACCUCCCAAGGUGGAAAUAAUCAACAAUCAGUAUGAUAACUCUAUUAACGAUGAACCAGGUACUUAUACCGAAAGCGCUCUCUCCCUUACUCUUGGUGAUCGCUCUCAAUUCAACGAAGCAAUAGCAAGCCUCAAGAGUUCCGUCAAUCUCUAUGAUCAAGUCGAUCUCCUCCAUUACCUUGCCUCGUGUGAAAGUAUCGAUUAUUACAUUGGUGAUCUACAAGCUACAAUUCGUACCCUUUUGGAAGAAGUGUAUCUCAAAGCCGUUCAUCUUCAGUAUUGGUCUAUUGCACGUCAAGCAUCUGGUCUUCUUCGUAAAGUGGUACCUUCUUUAACAAUCAAUAUCACAGAUUUGGUGAUUCGACAGAAACAAAUUUCCAUUGGUUCAGGACAACAUGAAUAUUUGAUCUCAAGACCUGUUGGGCCAGAUACAGUGGGUGAAAUGAUUAGCAAGCAUUGUACGGAUGAUGUGCGUGAAGGACCUGUGGUGCAAGAAAUUUUGAUCUAUCUUGGUGGUUUUAUUCGGAGCAAUCCCAACAUGUUUGAUGGUAUUUUACGACUUCGAACGCAUUACAUUAUUAUUGCUCUCCGUGAAGAAAUUCGACGUAUCAACGACUGUAAUGAAGAAGAAGCCAUUGAACACUUGAUGCAAUUAUCACCUUUUGAACUACAAUCUCUUCUCGGAACCAUCUUAUCUGGACCAAGUUUAUGCAAGGAUGCCGAUGUGCUGGUACGAGAUCGUGCUGCUGGGCUUCUCAUGUUGAACCGUGCUUUGGAAUCAAGACGAUCUAGUAUUGUCGAAGAUAUGAACGAAAUGGUAAACUCUAUCAAAAUACAUACAAAAGAAGUGGAAGAAAACAACAGCAACGAUGAUGAUGACCGUCGUGAUAUUCCUGUCAACAAACAAAGUCCAUCCGUGGUGAUCCGUGCUCAAUCAGCAGGUUAUAACGCAGGCAACUUUGCCAAGGUAGAUAUCAAUGGUAAUACAGUUAUGGCCAGUUCUCGGGGUGUACAUGUAUGGGCAGUGACACGACAAGACAAGAUGAUUUUGGAACAAGCAUCUUUUGAUACACAUAUUUCUUUUGAAGAAAGUGCCAAUUUCGUCAAGUUUAUUCAUUGGCUCAAAGAUGAUAUGGUCAUUGUUAUUGUUGUACGCGAUGAUUUUACUGAACAUCUUACUCCAGAGGCUAUUGAUCUUUUGGAAGUCUUGGGUAGCAAAACCAUUCGACAUGUCAAGUAUCGUGAUUCCUAUGUCCUAAUUACACAAAAAGGUGAUCCGGAAUCAGCACUUGAAGAACAUAAAUCUGCAUCAGAUGGACCGACUGAUGUACUCGAACGUCAAUUCUCUUUGCUCAACACUCAACACAAUGAAGCCAUUACUGAAAAGAAUAUUCAUCGAUUGUUUCCUACUUCCAAUGGACGAUGGUUGCGACGACGUAUGAAUGACGGUGCAUUGAACCGUGUACCAACCGACUUUUUCCCUCAAACAUGGACAGUAUUGGAUAAAUGUCAUGGUCUUGUGAUUGGAGAUCAUUGUUUACCUCGCGACCCUACAGUAUUUGACAAGACACCAGGAGAAUUCAACUUUGCAUUGGCAGUGGAAAGCUUCUUGGGUUGGUUUGCAGAUCCAGCACAACGACAGAUAGCGGUAGAAAUUCUUUCCUUGACUCACAAGGUGAUCACUGAACAACAAUUGGUAGAAAAUGGAAAAAUGAUGCAAGGUAACGUGGAUAUCCCAGCUAUAAUUGAAGAUGCCCAAGCAACAUUUUGGUCAACAUGGGUGGAGAAGAACAAGGAUCAAUUAAAACACCUCUACAUCAAUAAGAACAGUAACAAGUAUUUUGAUUAUACGGAUCACAAGGAAUUGGCUAGACAUCUUUUCUAUGAUUUGCCUUUGGAUGGACAAGAAAGCACAUGUACUUAUCUCACUAAAAGUUUGGACCAUCUCUUACCAAAAGCAUACUAGACCAGUUUAUGUAUAUUUUCAUAGUUGCUUUUACC